AAACACACAGAGAGAACAACAACUCACAGGGGUAGGACGAUAAGAUUAACUCUGUGAAAACACUUUAGACCACAACAUGGCUGAGGCAAUUUACGCCAGACCCAACAUGAUGACCAAGGCCAGGUAUACACAAGGAGAGAGAGAGGAGAGGAUAGUGGACAUCUACGCUAACCUGGAGAGCAUCGGAGAUCCACACCAGGACUAUGUGGGGAUAGAGGAGUCCUCCAAGUCUCUGGGAACAGGAAGAAGUCAGCGGCCGGACGCUGUGAGCCCUCCUUGGUGUCCUAUCAGGGCUGUGGUGGUGCUUCUGGGCCUGCUGUCUGUGGUAAUGCUGGCUAGACUGAUUGGGUUGGCAGUGCAACACAAGAAGACUGCAAGCAUGGAAAGAGACAUGGAGCAACUUUUCCUAACGCUGAAGAAUUUGACGGUACAGAGAGACGCACUGCUCUGUAAACUGGAAUGUCCAGGUGGUUGGAAGAAGUUUGGUUGUAAAUGUUACAAGACUUCCGACAUGUAUCAAUCCUGGUAUAAGAGCAGGGAGUUCUGUGUUUCCCAAGGAGGAGAUCUGGUGGUUGUGAACAGUAAAGAGGAGAUGGACUUCAUUGGCAGGUCGUACGUGUACUUCUGGCUUGGAGCGACAGAUGCGGCCGGUGAAGGGACGUGGAGAUGGGUUGAUGGGACCGUCCUGUCGCUGGAUAACCCCUCCUGGAGUGGAGGGGGACCUCAAGGUGGUGGGGACAAGAACUGCUUAUGGAUGGCCUGGGAGCAGAGCCAAUAUAAAUGGGCAGAUGAGAGCUGUGAAACCAGAAACUUGGGGGUUUGUGAACAAAAUUUAAUGAAGUGAAUUAUUUUGGCCUUCUCUGUACACGUGCCUCUUCACUUGAUGCCAACAUGCAUCGGCUGCUUUGUUUCAUACAUGUUUGGUUCCCUCAUUCGAUAAGAGCUCUGAUUGGCUGCAAGUUGUUCAUUUAAAGGAGAUGAGAUGCACUGGCCACUGCAGGAGAUGUACAUCGUUGUACAUAGUUGCUGUUCUUGUUACUACUUGUAAAAAUAAUGUCAAUGUCUCCACAGUUGCUCUUGGUCCUAGAGGCUGAGGUUAGGAGGUAAAGAGUCAGACAGUCAUUAACUGGUCUUCAGCUGCUGCAAACCACACUCGUUCUCUAUCUAGGGCUGCCUUUGUCCCCUCAACGAUGUGAAGAUCACCCUUCAGAAAACUUAAUUGUCAUUCAUAACAGAUGUGUUAAAAGCAGAUGUUGUAAACUAUAUUCAUUUUUAUAUUGAAUUAGCUUAGUUUGGGUUGAUGGAACCGUCCUGUCACUGGAUAACCCCUCCUGGAUCAGAGGGGGACCUCAAGCUGGUGUGGACAAGAACUGCCUAAAGUUAGCGAGGGUCUUGGGGACGAAUCAAGAUAAAUGGGCAUCUGAGAGCUGUGACGAACAGAACAGGGUUCUUUGUGAAAAGAAAAUAAUAAAAGGAUUGUUGAAAACA